AUGAUUAACUUGCAAUAGGUGGUGCAUCUUAAUCCUAGAAAAUCACUCAUACAGAUGAUACUAACUUUCAUCCAAUAUAUAGAUUAACUCUAAAGAGUAAAUUUUGCAAUAACUGAUGGCUCUUUUCAAAUUCUCUAAUACAAUCUGGAUACUGGAAGAUCAACAAAAUAGUUCUUCCUAGACACUCAAUAUUCAGCAGGACAUUCGUCAUUGAGCUACAAAAACUACGAUUCAUCAGUUUUAGCUUUUGGUGGAUUUUCACAAUUUUAUGAUAGUGACUCCUUUGGCCAAUAUGCCUCUCCUCUGAUUUUAAUAUUUGAUAUCCAUUUUGAAUUAUCAACUUCUUAUAUAAGCUAUAGAAUUCCAAACUUUCUGCCUGCUGAAAGAGGAUCUGAUGAUCCCUUGACAUUUAGUAAUUAAGUAAUGUCUUACAGGCAACUUGAUUAUGCAGGAGGCUUUUUAUUCGGAUAGCUUUACAGCUCAGCCUAACCGGAAACGAAGCACGGGCACUUAAGAUUAAAUUUAAAAACUGACAUUUACUUUUAUUAUAAGCCCAGAAUAUCUUCUAAUCUUGGGAAGUUCUAUUCAACAGCAGCUGUAUUAGGGAAAGAUAAUCAUAUUUUCUUCGCAGGCUAUGUUGUUGGAAUGAAAAAAUUCGACAAAUUUGAAUAAACAGCUAAAUCAGGCUUACUUUUGAGCAAUUACGACCAUAUGAACAUAUUUGGAAUUUACACUGAUACAGAUAUGUUAUAAUCAAACUUAACAAUAAACUCGCCCUAUUUUGAGAUCUUAAUUUUUGAUGAUAUGAGGUUCACUGGAUAUAUCAGCAUAAGCAGCAAUAUUUCUAUGAGUGAACUAAAAUUUUAAUAAGAAAUCCAGAUGGAAUUUGAUGGACUUACUGCUGCUAAUUCUGUUUAUAAAGAUAUGCAUGUAGAUGCUAAUGAAUAAAGAAUAUACCAAAGAUAAAAUUGUUUUUUGAAAGCAGCACCAUUUAUUCAUGAGUUUAAAUUUAUUUCCAUUCCAUCGGCAUCACUUAAUUAUACAGUUGAUAGAGAUUUAGUUGAACUAAAAGUUGGUGACCAUAAUUUAGCAGGUCUAUAGCUGGCAAAACUUACUGUAUAUGAUAAUAAUUUGUGUGUCAGGGUAUCUUCUGAAGAGAAAAACUAAACUGCUACUCCAAAUUGCUAAAAUAUUCAGAUAGUUAAAAUCCCUGAUAUGAAGUUAAAUAUUUAUAGUGAUUGCAGAAAACCAGGUUUGUUUGUAAACUUCACAAUAAAUAUGGGCUAAGAUAUUAUGCUUGAGACCUCAAGUAUUUAAUCCUUCACUUAUACUCCAGGGUUUUACGAUGGCCUCAAUUGUUCUUUCAAUAUAAGUAUCGUUGAGGGAAAAAGUGCCCUAAAUGAAAACUAUGAUAAGUAUUCUUAAAUAUUAUUUGAUACUACUAGUAAAAUUGUAGUAAUUAGAACUUAUCACUACUCAGUAGAUAACCAGAAUCCUGAAAUUAUAAAUAAGAAUUCAAAUUUAGUUACUCUCUAAAGUAAUACAAAUUAAACGCAUUUCUGCCUUAUUUAUUCCAACACAGAUCCUUCCUAUCAAAAGUUGAGCGAGGAAAUUCACAUCAUUGUUUAUGAUGAGUUAUAAUAUGGUAUAGGAGAAUUGUAUUAUUCCUUCGAUGUCAUGAAUUCUUGCCAGUAUGCUGAAAUUUAAAUUGAAAAAGAGUAGGGUGUCCUUCUGUAUGAAAUCGACUAUGAUUUACCCUUGGCAAUAGCUGGCCCUCAAACUAAUGUAACUAAAAUUGAUUGUUUUACUUUAAUGGCAUAUAAAGUAAUGAUCAUAACAUCUGAUAAUGCAAAUGGUUAAUUCCAAAAAGAUAUCACCAAAGUGAAUGAUACAGGAAUAUACAAAUUUUCAUUCGAAAUUGAUUAUAACACUGCGAAUGACCAGAUGAUGACAAUAGGCUUUUAUACUAUUAAAGUUGAAGCAUUUGAUAAAUACAAUAAAAAUCAAGCUUCAACCAUUGGCUCUGGAGAAAAAACUAUAACUUUUAAUAAAUGGAUAAUGAGUGAUUUUGAAUGCGGCCCUGUGAUAAUGAGUCUAAAUUUGAUCGAUUACAGUGAUAUUGAGAGCUAUCUAAAAAUCUCUCAAAACAUAAUUGACAGGAAAAUCAUCUUAAAUACAAAUAGCUAAGAAUUAGAUGAAUAUACAUUGACCUUAAUCAUAAUCGGAGAAACAUAAUACCAAAGAUAAACAUAGGAAUUUGAAAUUUUGUUUAAAAUGCCAGAUCAAAAAUUGAACAAAAAUUUCCUUAACAACCUUAAUGAUAUUGAAGGUUUUGAGGGAACCAAUACAGAAUGUAACUAUAAUGCCAAAAAGUUAUCAAAUGAAUGCCUAAAUUCCACCAUAAUUUCUGAAUUCAACACUGGCAUUAAUGCUAGCCACAUUAUCUAGCUCAGCUUCUACUGCUAUGACAUUUACCAUUUCAACUAAUCUUGCAUUAUCUAUUCUAUUGGGUCUUUCCCUGAAAAAUUUGUGGCUUUUGAUGAAUACUUUAUAGAUAUUAGUAUACAUUCCUUUGAUAAAAUUUUCGAUGCCAUUUAACUUGAUCAUACUCUUAAAGGAGCUGCUAAAUAUUGCUAAUUUUGA